UUAUCAACAGGAGGUUGAUAAAAAAACGUCAUAGCACCGGAUUACACAGCCCCGGAUUACUCCGGAAUACACAGUGGGACUAUCACAUUUAUCUAAGCAUGAGUUAUCAGAAUGCAAUUCAAGACAGGCAAGCAAAUAGCACAUUGAUGAUGGACUACACUGGAAAUGAUGUAACACAAGACUUGUUUUAUGAGAACAUUACACAGCUUCCUUAUCACCCAAUUACGUCUUUUAUAGAAGGGUUUGCCAUCCCAGUCAUAUCUCUUUUCGGAUUAAUUAGUAACACGCUGUCAUCCAUUGUUUUUCUGCAAAAACCUCUGAGAGAUAGUUCUUGUAGCAUUUUACUGGCUGCUAGAGGUUUCGCAGACAACGGAUUCCUGUCAAUAUUAUUAAUUAUUUGGAUCUCACAAACGUUUCAGUUACAUUUAAGUUCAAUCAGUGCUUCGUGUAAGAUCUUCAUUUUUCUAAGUUAUGUUUGUGGUUGUAUCUCUGUGUGGCUGGUUGUGUUUAUUACAUUUGAAAACUAUAUUCGAAUAUGUAAGCCUUUUGUUGUAAAACGGGUAUGUACAUCGGCUAAGGCAGAAAUUGUCGUUGCAUUGCUGUGUCUGAUUUCGGCAUGCUUCUACAGUUUCUCUUUCUUGGCUAUGGGUGCCGACAAUUGCGUUCCACUGUCCCAACAUUACAACACAGUUCAGGCGCUUGUUUAUGCGGAUACUGUUAUAACGCUUGCAUUGCCUCUCUGUUGUAUAUCUUACCUCAUGUCUGCGAUAGUGUACAACCUCACAAAAUCGUAUAGUAUUCGUAACAGGCGGAGAGCAACAGGGACGAAUCAAGCUAAGAAUCCACUUGCAAAAGUGACAAAAAUGCUCUUUGCUGUGACUGUUACGUUCUUUUGUUUGAAUUUACCGUCGCAUAUUAAUAGACUCGUCAUAAUGAUAUCGUCGUUCGUGCAGGAAAACAAACACCAGGAACGUUUUUCAAUUCAGGAAGAAGCUAUUCAACAAAUCACUUUGCUUUUGUCGUAUCUUUCACUUUCGACGAAUAUUAUCGUGUAUAUUACAGUAGGUAAAAAUUUUAGAAAAGUGCUUUUAGACAUGUAUCACCAGACCACUACAUUUGCAACGAGAGGAAAUAAACAGCAGGGACCAUCAAUCAAAGUGGAUCUUGCAAGUGGAAAUAACUUGUCAAACAAUGUAUCUGUCACAAAACAUAGGUCUCUUACUGUAUUGUGGACAGACAAGGAAUGUUCAUAUGAACUGGCACCACUCAGAAGAUCAUAUUCCAAAUAAUGACAGAAUAGCCAUACCAACUGCAAUUUUAUAAUAUCUUGAAAGUUUAUAAUAUUUAAGAGUUAAAUAAAUUGUUUAGAUAGCACUCGCUGGACAUAAAAAUCAUAACUCAUGUAAUUCAAACAGCGUUAAACAAGUCAUCAUUCCUGCAUGAAUAAGUUAUAAUGUACAUGUAAUAUUGACAACGCAAACUAUACACGUACAUUAAGUUUGCUUUAUAAAAAAAAUCAUGAUGAUUUACUUUCAU